GUUCCUGUUUUUAAUAUGUAGAUAACAAAAUGACAUAUAAGUAUUAAUUAAAAAGUUUCUAUUGAAAAACAAAAAAAUUGCAAAAAAGAGACAACCAGCAGUAGCUUAUAAAAACGGUAUUGUGACUAGUUCUGAAAUAUAAGGAUCUGUUAAGACUUCCAAAUGGAGAAUGGUCACACACGAGAUUUCUCAGAAUUUUGUGAGCAGCUCAACGAAAUCAGAAUCAAGUUUCUCAAAUGGGAUGGUUGCGAAAGAACUGUGGGUCUGUACUACCUAAUGGUAGGGCUACCAUUUGCAAAUGCCAGGUUUUUGCAACAUACUCUGGAGAUGUCCAUAAAUGCUGUAAAUACACCUGCAGCUCAGAUUUUAGAAAGGAAUGCCAAUGACACUGCACAUAUUUCCAGUUUUUUACUUGAACCGCCACAGGUAGCACUAUCUUUACUCCUAACUCACCUACCACUUCUAAAGCCAGACAACAAGAAAACUGCAGAUUGUUAUUUGAGGGUUAUCAAACAGGUGUUUAUGGAGUUUAUAACGCCUCCUAUGAAGAUUUAUAAUGAAUGUGUUGAAAUUAUGUCCUAUUUGUAUAUUCAUCCCGCUUUCAACAAUGAUGACAAGAGUUCUUUUAAGAACUUACUUAAACAGGUCGUAUCGAAACUGAAGCCCCAGACAUUCGCUCACUCAUCGGCAACUGAAUCCAGCGACGAAUCUGUAAGCCCCAACCCCGAUUCACAGCAGAACUUUAAACAGAGGCGAUCAAAUAGUCUUACUCCAGGUCCAGAUAAUCCAAGCCACAAUCAAGACAAUUGGUAUUCGCAAGAAAACCUUAACGAGCCACCAUGUAAACCCAGAAGUUAUUCUUUAUCGAGCGAGAAGUCUUUGUUGGCGGGAUUAUGUAACUUACAAUCUAGUCAUUCAGAAACAAGGUUACAAGAUUUAAAACUACAAAACAAUCUCCCGGCGAUGAAAAGCAUCACUUCCUGGUUAAAAUCCUUAAGGUUACACAAAUACAGUUGGGUCUUUAAUAAUUUAACCUACAGUCAAAUGGUUAAUCUAAAAGAAGAAACACUUCAGAGCAUAGGUAUAACGAAAGGCGCUAGACACAAGAUAUUAUUAAGCGUGAACAAGUUAAAGGAACGAGGCGUGAUGCUGAUGGAAUUAGAAACCGAAGUGAUGAAUGGAGGCGAUUUGAAUGUGGCUCUCAAAAAGUUGAAGAGUGUUGUCCAAAGUCCAUUGCAAAUAUCCGGUGGGGAAGAUUUACCUACUUUGUUUAUUAAGGUGAUGGGCAAAGUUUGUACGCAAAUGUUAAUGUUAAGACAACUACCCGACGAUUACUUGAUGUCGUUCCAUUCGUUGUGUGAAAAAGCCGAAACUUUAGAAGCUUUUACUGAAGAACAGAAGAAGAGAUUAAAUAUGUGGAAAUGCCAGUUGACAAAAGAUGACCUUGUCGUUCCUGUUCACAAUGGUAAACCGAAAAAGCAUACUAACAAUCAUAGAUCACACCGCAUGGACCCCCAGAAGCUUCAGAAAAUAUGCUGCACCAUCCAACCCACCAGCUAUACCAAAAAGAGUUCAUCAUUCCCCAACAUGCAGAAUAGCCCGUCAUGGAACACUCACAGGCAUUCAAUAGGUAGCGUAACACUUCAAAAUCAAUUGUUUUCAGCUCAGAACAGCCAAAGGCUAUUCAAUCAGAAUCUCCAGAGUUACGUAAAUACUUCGAACAGUGGCGCAAACGCGUCGGAAUCUAGUCCUAAACCAUUCAACCUAACGAAACACAAAAAACCCGAUAGCAAAGAUAUAGAAAACAGUUUGGAGUCGUUGUGCAUACAAAUGAUGGAACACGCUCUAGGACCUUAAUGACAGUUCAUUUUAGAUUAGCUAUAGGGUGCCCGAAAAGUCAAUGACAGGAUUUUGUGUUUUAAAACGAACGUUUGGAAAUGAUGAGUGUAUUUGAUAUUUUUAUAUGGUGUGGAAAGUAUUUGUACCUAUAGGGUGUUUUAGAAUUAAAAUUGUUGCACAGUACAUUAGGUGGUUAAAAAAUACCAAGAGUUUUUUACUCAUUUUCUUAGUUCCUCUUAAAAUCUCUUCCUACGUUCUACUUUAUGCAAGCUCGUUUCUCUUCAACGUAGUAUUUUGGUGUUGUUGAUCGUUUGUUUUUGUUAAUGAACCGGUAGUCAAUUUUUUUUUGUAUAAGAAUCUUUGAGAGUCAUUAUAAACAUGACGAAUACAAUUUUAGAAUAAAUUUAGCGAUAUGUCCAAUAUUUACAGCAAACGUCAAUUACUGUGACUGUGUGUCAAUUCAGAUAGACUUAGCAUGUCAUUAUAUCUACAAUUUAUACGAUUUCUUUACUAAGUGUUCUCUGUAAGAUUAAUGACACUUCAAGAUGAAGUUGAAGAAACACUUUUUUGAAAUUUCUUUCUUGUGAUCGCUUCAAAUUAAUUCAGUUAUAAUGCGAUAGGGUGUUAAAUGAUCUAUAGCUGAAUUUUAACUAACUCUUCGGCAAUGAAUUCUGGUUAUAGAUUAAUCUUUUAAUAUCAUUAAUAACCUAUUUUUUAAACGAUUUUUAAUAAGGAAAAUAUCCUUGUUUUCUUUUGUAAUGUCACUGUAUGGACUUGUCGAUGAACUGUUAAAGAUCAUCUGUUACAUUGACGAAUACAAUGUCACAAUUUGUCUUAUUAGAAAAUAUUAUUUAAUUUUUGAUAGAUAGAUGGGAGAUUCAGCAUGUGUAUUUUGUUAUUGCAUACUCUUUCAAAGGAGCUGUUUUUAAACUUAUAUUGAAAUUCAAGUUCUACUCAGACUCAAAAACAUAUUAGGUUUACUACUUUUGAAUUUGCAACCCUAAAAGCAUCCUGUAGGUACAGUAUUAAGUGUAUAUUACAAAUGUUUUAUCUUUAGUUUGACGUUAAAACUAAUAUUGUUUAUUUUACUGUUGUAAAGCCAGUGGCGUAAACUUUUUUUAUGUUUAGUAUUAAACGUAUUGAUUUUAUUGCAAACAAAAAAUAUUUAGUCAGAAUUUGUGUUUUCUCGCCAUUGGUACUUAAUUUUAAUAUGUUUUUAACAUGCGAAAGUUAUGUAAAGUCUUUAUAUUGUGGAUAGUGCAUGUAAUAUGUGAUUGUUUGUGUGAUAACUGAUUGACAUUUUUGUUUAAAACUGAUCAAGAAGACUGAUUUCUAUCUAAAUAGAUAUGACCUAACU